AUGUUGCCUCUCCUGCUCCUCGCAUCGCUUUGGGCCACCUGCCUCACUGCUCUAGCAACUGUGUCAUGUGGAGAGCAUGAUGCCUGCUCGACGGACCAAGCAUCUCUGCUCAGCUAUCGAGCUCCCGCAACUCACCAGUUCGCCCGCACGGACGACGGAGCCACGAUCGUGUCCGAGACAGACGUGCAGCUAAGUGAUGCCGAGUGGAAGAAUCUGCAUGAGGAGCACUUCUACAGCCUGGACACUGACGGAUCGGGCGAGCUCAGUGCCGAGGAGAUUUUGAUUGGCUUUUUCAGUGGGGAGAAGAUCGAUCAUGAGAAGCAGCGAGAGGGAAGCAUGAACGUGAGUGCCUCGUCGUUGAAGCUCUCUGAGAGGGAGGUGGCUUCCCUCAUCCAGAGGGCUGACCUUGACGGCUCCGGCAUGCUUUCCCUGAAGGAGCUGCUGCUCGCCUUCCCCUCUGGAGCUCCGGCCUCGGCGGCCAGCCUCGGGCAAGAAGUCCCUACCCUGAGCAUGUCCGAUGCGCUUCCGAAGUGCACGAAGGAGAUCAAUGUGGACGAAAUGGUCUCCAAUGGCUGCUCCAAGUGGGGGAAGAUCGGCGAAAGGAAUUGUAAAUGGCAUGACAUCGGUUGCCACGUCGAAAUAUUCGGCACAAUCUUGUACGACUGCGUGAGAAGCGUCUCGAAGACCGUCGCCAAGACGUUCGAGGAAUGUCUCAGCGAGGUCCUUGAUGAGGUGAAGAGCAAGAUACCGGACGACUUGCACAAAGCAGUCGAGCUUAUCAUGGAUUGUGGGAUUGAUGCCGACAAGUGCAAGGACAAGCUGCUGGGAAGUCUUCAGCAGCUUGGGGACAUCAUUGCAGAUUGGGUGAGCGACAACUUUGACAAGUUGGGCGACGGUCUAGCUGCAGAGUUCAACAAGGUGAAGGCACACGCAGCCGCUGCAGCCAACACUCUCGAAGGCGCCUGGAACGAGGUUCAGGGAACCUUCAAUGAGGUCGGAAACUUUGUGUCAGGCGCAACUUCACUUGCGGCGGACAUCGUACAGCAGUACGGAAUCGAUGACUUCUGCUCACCUGAGGACAGUGGCAGACUCGGCUUUUCGGUGACCGACUGUGGCGCAUGGGACGCGGUGAAGAAAAUCUUCGAGGACCUGACGAAGAUCGAGGAGAACUUCAACAGUGCCGUGGACAAGCUGAAGUCGUGCAUCGAGAGGAAGUACAACAAACUCCCAACGCCCUUUCUGCAAGUGAACACGCAGCAAGUCUGCGUGCCAGAAGAGUUCAGGGCCCCUCUGAAUGGCAUGAUCGCAACAGUCCGAUAUUCCAUGGCUGGCUUGGGUGGUGUUGGUGCGAGCUUUGUGGCUUCUAUCAAGACCAUCACGACGAAGCUCACGGACAUCACCAAGAACCAUUUCUCCCUGCUGCAGGAUAGAGGUCUGGUCGCUUCAUCCUCGGAGCUCGGGGGAGUCGAGUGCGAUGCCAACUUCGGCAUGAUCGUGGCGGAGCUUGCUUUCGCGCUUGUCAGCAGGCAUCAGGGCAGCCCGGGCGCGUCCACCACCGGUAAUGCCGUUGCUUUCAUAAUCCAGGUGCGCUUCAUGUGCAUUGGAGGCUUCUUCUACCCCCAUUUGUCCUUCAACUUUGGCAUGGAUUGGGACAUCUUGAAGAAGCCUUUCAAGCCCCAAUCGAAGUCCGUGGUUAUGGCCCUUGGCUGGGGACCCGUGGCAAACGACAAAGCCAUCAGUGAGGGCUUUCUGGUGAAGGCUAGUGGUAAAACGCCAAAAGGCUGGGGCGGUGGAAUUGCCGUGGACCUGAAGCCAGUUCUCAGCGGCAACAGCCCCGCUCUCAAGCUUUUUGGAUCGUUCACCAAGCCUUUGGCUGGUUCACCAGCGACCCUGGAGGAGACCGUGAGUUCCGUGGCGAAAAUCGCAGAAGCUCUGACUCCCUCGGAGCUCCAGCAGCUCCACCAGAGCGCUUUGGUUGCCAAAGCUGACGAAGCUGCGGUCGUCGCCCAGGAUAUUGACAUCGUCCCCUCUUUCCUUGUUGGUUAUGUCAUGAACGUUUGCGUUACGUGCCUUUUCAUCGGCCCAAAGGGGCCCGUCGUGCCAAGCAACAACGAGCCCGGACACUUCAUCCACUGGGUGGCCAGCUGCAGUCAGUGCAACCGCGACUUGUGCCCGGGAGGUCAGCCUUUCAAGCCUUACUACCGGACCAGUACCCCACUAUCAGAGUGGGGCUGUGACAAGCUCGAUGCCUCACCGCUCACUACCUGGGAAGAUGGCCACCUCUUCGUGGUGCAGAAGGCCAAGCUUCACUAUGUGGGCACGUGCACGCAGUGCGGCAACCAUCUCGAUCUCUGCAGCAACCUGUGGAAGAACGAAGCCGGGCUUGAGAAUCAAGCGGAGUUUCAAACGGCGUCUGACCUCAACACAUGGGGUUGUGCCAAUGUUGGCAGCUCGCCCACCAUCGUCCGCGACGCAACCACCCACAAGAUCUUUGUCGUGGAGUUCUGA